AAUACCAAAGAAGAGUGAGACCACAGGACAAAGAAGAGUGGAAGGCAGACUGAGAAGCCAAUCGCCCAAACCGCCCGGCCGCUCAUUUCGUCGAACACCUGUUGCGCGCCACCUCGUCACCGACGCACUCGAUGCGUCGCUACUGCCACGUCCCUCGCGGCCGGCGUCCGGCCGCCGCUCCCAACGACCACCAGACGCUCCCGCCGCCGGAGUGGAUCGAGCCGUACCCGGACCUCGCGGACCCGAGCCCGUACGCCUCCGCGUCGGCGGCCACGCCCGCGCCGUCGCCGUGGCUGCCCCGCGUGAUCUCCCUUGUCCUCCGCUCCCCGCCCGCCGCCCUCGCCGCCGACCUCCGCGCCUUCUGCAGGACCUUCCUCCUCCGCCUCUCCCCGGCCUUCGUCGCCGCCGCGCUCCGCUCCCCGCAGCUCGCCCCGCACCCGCUCCCGUCGCUCCACUUCUUCCGCUCCCUGCCCAACGCCACCGACCUCCGCGCCCACCCGCAGCACCUCCUCAGCUGCUACGUCUCCCUCCUCCACUCCUUCGCGCGCUCCAGGGAGACCGACGCGGCCGGCCAGGCGCGGCAGCUCGUCGCGGAGCUGCGCGCGCACGGGGACGCCGUCCUCAGCCACCUCACGCCGGCGUCGUCGGCCUCGUUGAUCCGCAGCCUCGCGGCGUUCGGCCUCUCCGAGGAGCUGCUAUGGGCGUGGCAGGCCAUGCGCCUCGCCGGCGUCGAGCCGUCCAGGCUCACCUACAACUGCCUGCUGGACGGCCUUGUCAACGCUGACCUCCUCGACACUGCCAUCAACGUGUUCGACGCAAUGUCCACGGAACAUCGAGUGCGUCCCGACGUGGUUUCCUACAACAUUCUCAUCAAGGGGUACUGCCGCGCGGGGAGGACACAGGAUGCAAUGGCGCGGCUUGCGGAUAUGAGGGAACAUGCAGAGCUCGCGCCAGACAAGGUGACAUACCUCACUCUCAUGCAGCGCCACUACAGCGAGGCCACGUUCCCACAAUGCAUAGCACUGUUCCAAGAGAUGGAAGAGAGGGGAAUGGGGAAGGAAAUACCUCAACAUGCCUAUGUCCUGGUGAUCGGCGCGCUCAGCAAGGACGGGAAACCAUUUGAGGCACUGGCUGUGUUUGAGAGGAUGUCGAAGCGAGGCUGUCCAGCCAAUGCAGCCAUGUACACCGCGCUCAUUGACUCGAUGGGUAAAUUCGGGAGGGAGAAAGAGGCAAUGGCACUCUUUGAGAGGAUGAAGGCCACUGGAAUUGAGCUUGAUGCGGUCACGUAUGGUGUGGUUGUUAAUUGCUUGUGCCGGUUUGGCAAUUUGGAGGAGGCACUUGCGUGCUUCAGGAGCUGUGUAGAGAAGGGCGUUGCAGUGAAUGCCAUUUUCUAUACAAGCCUGAUCGACGGUUUUGGAAAAACUGGGAUGGUUGACCAAGCGAAGGAGCUCUUCGAGGAGAUGGUUGCUAAAGGAUUUGUGCCUGACUCGUAUUGCUACAAUGUUCUGAUCGACGCAUUAGUGAAAGCAGGACGGACAGACGAUGCGUGUGCUUUCUACAAGAGAAUGGAAGACGAUGGCUGUGAUCAAACAGUCUACACAUAUACCAUUCUCAUCGAUGGUUUGUUCAAGGAACACAAGAAUGAGGAGGCACUGAAGUUCUGGGACAGCAUGAUUGACAAGGGAAUCACCCCAACAGCUGCAGCUUUCAGGGCCCUCUCCAAUGGACUCUGCCUUUCUGGUAAAUUCAGCCGUGCAUGGAGGAUAUUGGAUGAACUGGCUCCAAUGGGGGUGAUUCCUGAGACGGCUCACGAGGAUAUGAUCAACGUGUUGUGUAAGACUGGCAGAUUCAAGCAGGCCUGCAAAUUGGCAGAUGGCAUUGUGCAGAAGGGACGUGAGAUACCUGGGAGGGUUCGAACGAUGAUGAUCAAUGCUCUAAGGAAAGCGGGAAAUACCGAUCUGGCAUUUAAAUUGGUGCAUAGUAAGAUAGGCAUUGGGUAUGAAAGAUCUGGCAGCGUCAAAAGAAGAGUGAAAUUUCAAACACUGUUUGAAUGAUGAUCAAUGCACUAGGGAGGAAAGCAGGAAAUACCCAUCUGGCAUUUAAACUGGUGCAUAGUAAGAUUGGCUUUGGGUAUGAAAGAUCUGGCGGCAUCGACUGAAGAGUGAAAUUCGAAACACUAGUUGAAUGAGGAUCCGAUAUUCUUUAUGAAAGAUGGGCUGGGCACAUUUGAACUGACUGAACACUGAACCAAAACCGAGGCGAACCGACGGUUCUUUGGAUUUUUGUUCGGUGUUGGCUUGGAACUGCAUCACCAAAAGUAGGAGAAAAUCUCAACCUAAAACUAGUUAUUGGGGGGGGAGCUAUGAAAACUUUUUUUUUAGAUUUUGAAAGACCUCAUGUCCAAUAGAAUGAGAAAAUCUCACACCGCAGGCAACCAAUUGCCCGGCUCAACCCACAAGGGCAUCAACACCGCACCCGCACGACACUCCUAUCCCACACCAGCGUCACACGACGCCCUAACCCUAUCCACCAUAUCGGUCGCAGCGAUGACGUUGGCGUCAGGUGAAACGACGGUGUCGGCGCGGCGCAUCGGGCUCAGAUGGCGACGGACCACACGAUAGGGGGGCACUGAUGGAACCGUUGCAAAUCAUGUGAAUGAAAUGGUAGAGCUUGACGAGGAGACUGGAGGUAAACAUCAAGAGGACGAGGAAAACAAGAAAAGGAAAGCAAUUUCUUAAGUUCAGAUGUUUUGGAUCACGUCACCAAGGUAAAAACUACAAAUGGGGAGGGAAGAGACAAGUGCAAGUACUAUGCGAACUUGUAUCGAUGUGAUACAGACAAAUUGUAAGGGCCAACUGGAACCUAGCCAAGAAAAUACUAGUGUUGGCACUACUCUAUCUACUUGGAAAUUUGAUUUUGAUGACCUUACAAUAAUGAUUGAAGAUGAGCAACAAUUUGUCUUA